CGAAGGGGUGGCCCCAACGACUCCUUCCUCGGUGGUAGGGGACAGAUCGGAGUUUGGAGAUAGAUCUGGUGAAAAGUCAAAAUCGGGAACUAGAGCUGGCAAAUUGUCGGGGAUAUUGAAUUGAACCUUGUACUUUGGUUUUGUGGAAGUAGUGCCUCCUUGAUGGAUCGGAGGAUUGGGCGAAACGUUGGGGGUGCACGGAGAGCCGUUGGGAUCAUAGGUUGACGAGCGGAUGUCACCGGUGGGGCUGUUCGGUGGGGAAUCAUCAGGGACGACACUUGAGGUGGUGGUAAGCCAUGGCCCGUAUUGGUCUGGGAUAAUAGUCUGGUCUGAGGUACAGUUUCCUUGUUCGUAGCCAAGGAUGUCUCAAUCGUAACAAAAAGUCACAAGGUUUUCGUACUUGACUGUUUAAUAUCUAAUCAAAAUGCCCAGCAGUGAAGAAUUAACCUCGUAAUCAGUCCACAGAUUUUCAGAUUGAUUAUUACUGUCACCCAUCACCAGCCACAACUUAUGGUCCGGCGGCAAACUACCCUUUUCCUCAUUAUGCUUAGAGCUCCCUCCCGCGGUACCGAACCGCCCUAAGCUAAAACCACCAGCCCGUCUCCUCCGUUCAGCUGAGCAGUUCCAUCCAUCGACGGACCUCUACAACUCCAAUGGCAACUUCUCCUCUCCAGCCUCCCCUCACCAUCCACAAGUUCAGGACGACGAUUCAGUUCUUUCCUUCCUUUAGCUCAACACACUUCCCUAGAAGCGUCUUCGAUGCCAAGGUUUUGGCGGUACGCACUAAAGUCGCUUGUCGUCCUGGUACAAUCAAAGCCUUUGCUGCGGUUCGUUCAGCAGAAACGGGUGUGGUUCAUCGGAGGGAGAACGGUAGUAGAACUUCUCAAAGCUUUGAAAAGUCCGGAACUUUGCUUGACGACUUGGCCGAGCCUUUGGAUGCGGGGAGUGGUUUCGAGAGAGAUUUGCAAGGUUUAUUCGAUGAAGUGAAGAGAAUGAUCGCGUCGGGGAAGGAAAACGAUGCUGUGGACCUGCUUCAAGCGAAUUUUCAAGCGGUGAAGGUGCAGAUGGAAGAUGGGGCUAAAGGCAUUGAAGAAGUUGCCACUCUUGACAUCAUAGCCCUGGGUUAUAUGGCCCUAGGAGACCUGAAAGCCGUAGCCUUGAUACUCGAAAAGAUGAAUGAAGUAGCUGGCAGUUUAAGGGAUGAUGAAAACCUUCUCGGAUCAGUAGUGAUGCAUAUGGGCAGCAUGUACUCAGCUCUCGGGAAAUUUGAGAAAUCAGUGCUUAUGUAUCAGAGGGCUGUUGGUAUUUUAGAAGGCAUAUACGGUAAAGAUAGUACUUUCCUGGUCACACCAUUGUUGGGGAUGGCAAAGGCACUGGGAUGUAUUGGAAGAGCCACAAAAGCCACUCGUACCUACCAGCAUGCGGUAGCGAUCCUGGAAUCAAGUAGAGGUGUUGAAAGCGAGGAUUUGGUGGUACCUUUGUUAGCUCUUGGCAAUCUUCUGAUUAAGGAAGGGAAAGCUAAUGAUGCAGAAUAUCAAUUUACUAGAGUUGUGAGUAUAUAUACGAAGUUAUAUGGAGAAAAUGAUGGAAGAGUUGGAAUUGCUUUGUCUUCUCUGGCCCAUGUGAAGUGUGCAAAAGUUUUUACAGGGGAUGUGGAGGAAGCUAUCUACGCUUAUAGAAAAGCUCUUCAGAUCAUGAAGGAUUCAAAUUAUGUGGCUUUAGAUGACAGUGUGAUGGAGAGGAUGAGGAUAGAUUUGGCAGAAUUACUUCAUGUGGUUGGCAGGGGUGAUGAAGGGCGACAGUUAUUGGAGGAAUGCUUGUUAAUUACUGAGGAACAGAAAGGGAAGGAUCACCCUAGCUUUGUCAAUCAUCUUGUCAAUCUUGCGACAUCCUAUUCACGCUCAAAGAAUUAUGCGGAGGCUGAGCGCUUGCUGAGGGCAGCUUUGGGAAUCAUGACAAGGACUUUGGGGCCAGAUGAUCAAUCCAUCAGUUUCCCGAUGCUACAUCUUGCAGUUGCUCUCUACAACUUAAAGAGGGAUGAAGAAGCUGAGCAGCUUGCUGUUGAUGUUAUUCGCAUUCGUGAGAAAGCUUUUGGGGAAGAUUCUCUCCCAGUUGGGGAGGCUCUUGACUGUUUAGUCUCGAUCAGGGCACGACUAGGGAAGCAGGACGGUGACUUAGUUGCACUUCUCAAGAGAGUUCUAAGAAUUCAGGAGGAAGGUUUCGGCUACGAGAGCGAAGAAGUUAUGGUUACUCUUAAAAAAAUUCUAUUCUACUUGGACAAGUUGGGGAGAAAAGAUGAGAAAUUUGGUCUGCAGAAGCGACUGUCUGUGCUUAAAGAGAGAUACAAACAUAUGAUUCAGUAUUAAUUGGGUUUGUCCUCAAUCUCCUCUCUUCGCCCUCUGCGUGUUUAUUAGCAAGGUCGGAGUCGUUCUAUUCUUGUUCCAAUUCUCAA